AUGCGAAUUGACGAAAGAGGACGAAACCAAAACAAUCGGUUUUGGUUCGAAUGUAGCGUGGUCGCGAGGAAACGGGUCCGGGAGUUUCUCCGGAAUAAAUUUUCCCAGGCUUCCUCGCCGGCCUGCACCGAGCUGGAAUCCAUCGUAAUGAACUGGCUCGGUAAGAUGAUUGGCCUGCCGGAUGAGUUCCUGCACAUACCGGGCGUCAGCAAAGGCGGUGGGGUGAUCCAAACGACGGCCAGCGAGGCGACGCUAGUGUGUUUACUAGCCGGGCGCACCCAGGCCAUCCGGCGCUUCCACGAGCACACGCCCGGCAAACAGGAUGCGGAAAUCAACGCCCGUCUAGUGGCAUAUUGUUCCGACCAGGCUCAUUCCAGCGUCGAGAAGGCUGCCCUAAUCGGAUUGGUGCGGAUGCGAUUCAUUGAAUCUGAUGAAAAUCUUAGCCUGACCGGCCGGGCCCUGGAGGAAGCCAUCGAGGAGGACAUGCAGCAAGGGCUGAUUCCGUUCUGGGUUUGCGCCACUUUGGGUACAACAGGUGCCUGCGCAUUCGAUAAUCUGUUGGACGUGGGUGACGUUUGCCGGAAGUACCGGAUCUGGAUGCACGUGGAUGCAGCCUACGCGGGAAGUGCGUUUAUCUGUCCCGAAUUCAGAGUAUGGCUGAAGGGCAUAGAAAAGGCCGACUCUAUCGCCUUCAAUCCCUCCAAGUGGCUGAUGGUUCACUUCGAUUGCACCGCCAUGUGGGUGAAGAAUAGCGGAGCUCUUCAUAGGACGUUCAACGUUGAACCUUUGUACCUUCAGCAUGAGAACUCCGGGUUGGCUAUUGACUACAUGCAUUGGCAAAUUCCGCUGAGCAAACGAUUCCGGGCGCUUAAGUUAUGGUUUGUGCUCCGGAAUUUUGGAAUCAAAGGACUUCAAAAGCACAUCCGGGAAGGUGUUAGAUUGGCCCAGAAAUUUGAAGCCUUGGUACUGGCAGAUCAUCGUUUCGAGAUUCCUGCUGCAAGACAUCUCGGUAUGGUGGUCUUUCGAAUCAGAGGAGAGAACGAGCUGACAGAAAAGUUGCUCAAGCGUUUAAAUCACCGGGGAAAUAUGCAUGCAGUUCCGGCUUCUCUGAAAGGCAAAUACGUCAUCCGGUUUACUGUUACAUCUACUUACACAACUAGUGAUGACAUUCUCAAGGAUUGGAGUGAAAUCAAAACGGUUACAAGUGAUCUGCUGCAGGAAUUAGACGUAAAGAUUGUCGAUCGCUCAAGGGUUCCACUCAAAGAAACUCGCGAAAAGAACGAAGCAUUUGGAUCCAGUUUGUUGCUGGCCAAUUCGCCGAUGUCCCCCAAGAUUGUGAACGGAUCCUUCGCAGCGAUCUUCGAUGCCGACGAGUUCCUCGCCAAGGUCUACGCAGGCAUUCGCAUCUCGAAUCAGGACUCGCCGGCCAUGCGACGCCGCGUCCGGGGCAUCCUUAUGUCCGGCAAGCAGUUCUCGCUGGACUCCCGGAUGGAUUUGGUGGUCCAGGGCAUAAGCCCCAGCGAGGUCAAGAACGGGAUCGAGUCCAAGGCCAUUACCGAGGACUGCGAGGAGGCGUGGGAAGUUUGUGAGCAGAUAGCAGUGGCGGACCAAGACAAUCCCUUCGAGAGCCUCGACAGUCAGUUCCUGCUUCCGAUUCCGCUUCACUGUCCAACGCCUCCGUCAUCCCCGCGGCGCCACCUUCGAUCGGCCAGUGUGGAUGUCGGCAUGAUUCAUGUCCAAACUAGUAGCAACGCCCUGUUCCGCCUGUUCGACAAACCAAACCCAUUCGGUGCCAGCAGCAGAUCGGAACCGUACUACUCGAUCGGAGGAUCCUUUGCCAGCUCUCCGCAGUCACUUCCGGGAGAACCAGGUUCCGGGUUGGGGUCAACCGAAUCUAAUUUGGAUUCGAUGGAAGAAACCGUACGUCUUGGACGUUACCUGCAAGGAUCCAAGCGAAGAUAUUCCGAUAGUGGACAGCUGUUUCCGUUUUCUAAACCCAACGCACCUCCGGAAAAACGUCAAUCCGAACCGACCAUCCGGUAUGCUUUUUACAACAAGAGUUUUGAUCUGAUUUGUCCGAGGCAACCAAAGAGGGUUCUUUCCUACAACGACAUUGGCAAACGGUCCUUCCGCCGGCAGAUUUCAACGAUCGAUGAGCUAAUUGCCGAUGAAGCUAUCCUGGAUGGUGCCUCGGAUGAGAACUGGAAGAAGUUGAACCUGAUAGCCCCGAAGUUCCGGUGCUGCAUAUCGGAUGAGGAUGGCCGAUGCAUAAAUUUCGAUCCCGUUUAUCACAACCACGAAACGGAACUCAACGAGGAACAGCUGAUGCGGAAUGUGCUUGCAUUCGAGGAAAAUUUCGUGGCCCGGUUCGAGCAAGUUUGUCCCCAGCUGGAGCGGAAGGAAAGUGCGGGGGUGCUGUCCAGUAUCGAGGAGCAGGUUUCGGCCGAGGAGAUGACCGGAAGCAGUAGCUGCGGCGAGAUGAGCGACGAUAGUAGAAAAAACUCGCGCAAAAGUUUCUGCGACGAUGAGGUUAUCUACGAGAAUGUUAAGGUUUGUCGGAAAUGCGGGCACCAAACGGUGCGGUUGUUAUAACGUUAAGAUUUGUUUGAAGAUCGAUGUAGUGUUUUAAAUUUAAUCAGUAGAACUGUAGAAUAAUUUAAUCUUGAAAGGAUAAUGUCACUUUGAUGGUUGCAAACGGGUUCAAAUUAUUUCCAAAGUUUAAAAAUUAAAAUUGCGAUGAAAUCAGGUUGGGUAAAUAAGAACAAUAAUCGAUGUUUCAAAUUUCAAUUUCAAUCAACACCAAUCGAUGCGACUUAAGUUUGUUUGUGCUUUAUCACACUAUCCAAAAUGUCAAAAUAAGGUGAUAAGGUGGUCAUCCACGCUGAAUUCGUCUUAGAGGUUUUUUUUGUCUUUUUUUGAAAUCUAAAAAUUUAACAUGAUAAUUUUGAGAUCCUCAGAUGGGAAUUCAAAGAUCUUUUUUUAACUGUUAAAACUAACAUGCUAGUUUUGGAUGUUUUAAAUCUAAAAUUCUCAGCUUUGCAGAUCUGAAAACUACUCAAUUUACUAUUGAUAAUAUACAUGAUUAUUUUUUUCCUCGCCAAAUGACGUUAAAAUGGUAAAUAUUUUUGAUCUAGUUUCUAAAAAAACACAACUCGUGAUUUUUUACAUAUUACUCAUCUAACUACGCUUUCGUUUAUUAUCCACCGGCACGGGAGCACACUUUACAUCAUAAACAAAUAAAGUCGUAUCACGGGAUGAUGUAUAAAACUUAUUGGGCAAAAUAAGUCUUAUACAACGUACAUAUUAAUCACUUUUGCAACUAUCAAACUUUCAAGUUCAUUAUUGAGUACAUAAAGUUUACUUAAGGGAAUUGGGCUGUUGAUUCCCUUUGUCAGCCAAUAUGUAACUUUCAAAGCCAUCAUUCAAUUAAGUAUGUGACUUUUGGUUGCUUGGGAAUUGUAAACAAACAUGUCAAAAAAUUGGCUGGCCUCCAGCAGAACUUAAUCCUUAAUCACUCUAUAGUGUAGACUAAGGUUUCCUAGAUUUUUUCAGCAUGUAUCCGGACCGGACAGAUCCAGGCUAUUUUAUCUAAAAACCUGGCAAAAUCCGGGCUCUUGAUUUCAAAGUUGUCAACCAAAUUCCGGGCAAAUGUGCUCAAAACCUAAGAAUAACUCAUCAAAAAUGGAAAAAAAAUUAUGAAAUAUUUUUCAUUUAAAUUUAACAGCAGAUUUAAUUUUUUUUUUUAAUUUCAAAAAUCUUUCAUGAUUAUUUUUAUGAAAAUUGCUAAAUUCGUUUUGGACGCAUAAUUUUAAAUUUUUUAACAACACAGUAUGUUCAUUUAAGUUUUAUUUAAGAAUGAAAAUGAGAAAAAAUCGGAUUUUUCUGAAAGUCUUUUUUUGACAAAACCUUAAAAAUUUAAAAUAAAUGUUUUGAACCAAUUAUUUACUUUCUGCGAACGAAGGUAUAAUUUUUUUUGUUUUCUUCAUCUUAUCCUGUAAAUAUAGGAUUAAAACGAUGUUUGAUAAAAAACAUUUUACAUAUUUUCUAAAGCAAACAUAAAAUCGUUUUGAAGGAUUGAACGGAUUUGUCAAAUAAAAAAAACCCUUUUUUCAAAUUUUUCCCAGUUAUGACAGUGAUACUUGUGAUGAUGACUUGUGUUCAGAAAGAAUUGUAGAACUGAACUUUUGUCUAAUCAUUUAUCAUUAUCUUCAUCAAAAUAUUAUUUCUCAAUUGAAUGAACUAUAAUAAAAAAAAUCAUAGUUCGUUUUUUUUAUUUCACGUUAUUUUGUUAGUUUAUCAGUUGUCAAUGAUCGCUUUCAUUCAAAACUCAACUCAACUCAACUUAAUUUUAAAACUUAAAAACAUUAUAUCACCAAAAAAAGUUAUGCGAAAAACAAAUAAAUUGGAAUUAAUUGCACGAAAGCUUGUAUGCAAGAAAAUUGUAAAAUUGCAUACUAUAUCAUUGCACGAAACCUAUAAAUCAAGUACUUUUUUAUAGAAAAAUUCAAUAAAAUCAAUAAUACAAUAGGUGAAAUAACUCCCAUCUCCAAAAAACAAAUUGUGAGCUUGUAAUCUUGCGGAUAUUUGAUUUUUUUGUCGAAAAUUUCAAAAAAUACUCCAAACUUUAUUUAUU